AUGCGGGCACACUACGUCCGCUUACUGCCUGUCUUAGUGCACUUCUAUUACCAUUCUAUGCGCCCCGUUCUCGCUCUGACGCCUCACAACUCCCUUCCUCAUCCUCUUCCUCCCUCCCCUUCCCCCUCCUCCAACCCUCUUUCCACUCUCCUCCCUUCCCCCCCCCCUCUUUCCCCCUCCCUUCCUCUCCCGUCCCCCCCUCUUCCCCUGCCCCCCGCUCCGCUCGUCCCCAUUUCUCAGUCCGUGCAAGUCUUCGUGCGCGUGGGGAGGGGCGACUCGCUCCGCGUGCUCGCGCGCACCUUCAACUGCACGCCCGCGGAUUUCAUUCGCGCCAACACCGAUUUCAUUCGCAACAGCGGAGACGUAAUCUACGAGGGCGAUAUGCUGCGCGUUCCCUCCUUCGCCUGGACCGGCACCGCGCCGCCCGGCCUCCAAGACCGCAUAGUGAUUAAGAACGUCGACGAGUCGGGGUCGUCCGCCGGAUUAGGCGCCGCCGCAACCGCCGCCGUCGCUGCGGUGAAGACUAAGGCGCAAGCUUUGAUCACGUCUGUGGGGACGGCGGCGGGGGGAGCCGGGGGCUUGGGGGGGAUCGGCGGAGCGCAGGGCGGAAUGCUGCUCGGGGCGAUCGGGCUGGCGCUGAUUGUGGUGGGCGGAGUGGCGGUAGGGCGGAAGAAGUCCGCCAAAUCGGCGGCACCAGCGGAAGCAGUGACGCCGCUAGCGGGAGCAUCCGUGGCUGCAAAAGCACGCAUUCUCUUGCUAUGCUAUGACCCCACAUCCUCUCCAUUCUCUUCUCGCAGCUCGCGUGAUUCCCGCUUGACAUACUUCACCGCUUUCUUCCUCCCUUGCCAAGUCAAGCCCAUUCUCAACGGCAUGUCCUGCACUAUCAUUCCAAAACGCCUCCUCCCCUCUCCCUCCCCUUGCAUCACUUCCCCUCCGCGCAUCACCUUCCCCUCCCCUUGCAUCACUUCCCCUCCGCGCAUCACCUCCCCCUCCCCUUGCAUCACUGCCCCUCCCCUUGCAUCACCUCCCCUCCGCGCAUCACCUCCCUCAGGGCCUUACUCCGACGCAUCUGAACCCACGGCUCUUCCCAACAAGCUCCUGCAAGCGUCCGUCCUCUCCACCGCUGCUGCAGCUUCUGCCACUGCCGCUUCCCCUAAAACAACUGGCCCGUAUUCAGACCCUUCACAGACUGUGAAUCUGCCAACUCCUGUCGCCGCUACUGCUGCUGCUGCUGCUUCUCCUGCUAAGACUACACUUGCUGCAGCAUCCGGGCCAUAUUCCGAUGCUUCAGAGACAAAUAGACUGCCUAGCAAGAUGAUGCAGGCGUCUGUUCUCCCCUCCUCCUCCUCCCCUGCUACUCCUGCUAAGACCGUCCCAGCAGCAACUGGACCGUACUCUGUUGCUAUGGAGGUUAUCAGCGCAUCCCCCAAGCUACAGAGGUCCGCCUCCUCCUCCUCCUCCCCUGCUGCUGCUGCUCCUGCUGCUGCCGCCGCCGCUGCUGCUCCUGCUAAGAGCUCCAUUGCUGCAGCAUCCGGGCCGUAUUCCGAUCCUUCGGAGUCUGUCAAUCUGCCCAACAAGUUGCGCCAGGCGUCUGUUCUCCCCACCUCUGCUGCUGCUAAGAGUGCCACUGCUGCUGCUGCAGCAGCCGGGCCGUAUACCGACGCUUCGCAGGUUGUGAAACUGCCAGUCCCUCCUGCCUCCCCUGCUGCUGCUGCUCCUGCUAAGGCCGUCGCAGCAACCGGACCGUACUCCGAUCCGUCAGAGACUGUCAAUCUGCCCAACAAGCUGCGCCAGGCGUCAGUUCUCCCCACCGCUUCUGCUGCUGCCUGUGCUGCAGCUGCAGCUGAUGCUCCAUCAACCGGACCAUACUCUGAUGCGUCAGUGACCGAGAACCUGCCUGCUAAGAAGCCUCCUGUGGCCCCCACCCCCUCCGCUGCCCCUGCUGCUCCCGCUAAGGCCUCAGCGUCUGGGCCGUAUUCUGAUCCUUCAGAGACUGUCAAUCUGCCCAACAAGCUGCGCCAGGCGUCGGUUCUCCCCACCACCCCUGCUGCUGCUCCUGCCAAGGCCGCAGCAACAGGGCCAUACUCCGACGCUUCAGAGGCUGAGAAGAUGUACCCACCCACACAGAUGUACCCUUCCUCCCCCCUCCUCUGCGUGCCUCCCUUCACCCUUUCAUGCCCUCAUUCUAGCAUUCUCUCCCUUUUCUGGCCCUCAAUACGGAAACUCCUUCCCUUGCGUGCCGAGGAGGAGAACUGGCGCAAGAUCCAGGAGCUGAUCAAGACGUCUAUCCCUGCACUUGCUGUCGGGCUUGGCACUGUUGCCACCGUCACUGGCGGAUUCCAAGGGGCCAUGGAGGCCAUAGGGCUCACAGCAGUCACAUCCUUCAUUGGAUACGACCUUCUUUGGGCCGAGCAGAGGAAGCAACUGCUGAAGGACCUGAAGAGCAUCAAGAGUCCAGACGACGUCAAGAAGUUUGUUGAGGAGCGUGGCAUCGCUCCCAACAUUCGUCUCGUUCCAACAGCCCCCUUCUUCAACUCCCCCCUGCUUCGCCGCACCCCCCCCUACUUCCCCUUUCCCCCACCCCCCCAUCCCACCCACUCCCCUCCCAUUCCUCGCACUUUCUCCUUUUCCCAUCCCCCCUCCUCUUCCCCCCCCCCCACUUCUUCAACUUUCCCCCUUCCCCUUCCCCUCACCCCCUUCCGACCGACCCCGUCCCAAUCCCUUUCCGGUCCACCAAACCCCGCUCCUGGUCACCCGGCGGUGGUCUCUGGUGGCCCUGACUCCCUGGUGCGGGCAGCAGUCGAGGUGGGGAGGGAGCUGCACGGCUCUCUUUUCUUUCUCACCAACCUCCCCCUUCCCUUUCCCCUUCCGCUCGCUCUUUUUGGACUGACCUUCUCCCCAUCCCUUCCCGUCGAGGUGGGGCGGGAGCUACACGGCUCUCUCUUCUUCACCAACCUCUCUGAUGCCCCGCGCGUGCUCAAACUCUUGUUUGCCGCAAACAGGCCGUACGGCAUCGUGGAUGGGGACACAUUUCUGCUACCGCCCAAUGCAUUCCAGGAGAAGAAAGUCACGUGUGGAGCGUUCGCGAAGCGGCCCUUCUGGUUCCCCACCGACUCGUUCCAGCUGGAGGUGUAUGCUGCUGCCACCGUGGGCGAGGUGGCUAAUGGCCCAAACUCUGGGUUGCUGGGGCGCAAGCAGCUGCCAGUGACGUUCCUAGAGACGGGAGCGCAACCCCCCAGCAUGCUGCGCUCCCCUUCGCAACCCCCUCUCGACCCAUCCCAGGCGGAGCAGCAGCAGCAGGCACUGGCAUCAACCCAGGCAGCGCUGCAGCAGUGUGACCAGUCACUGCAGGUGCAUCGGGAGGCGCUGGUGCUGCUGACAGGCAAGCUGGACCACCGUGGAGAUGAGCUGGAGGCUGCCAGAGGGAAGAUUCAGCAGCUUGAUGAUGCCCUUGCCAUGGCAGAAAGGCAGCUGGCAAAGCUCCAAAGGGAGGCAGCCAGUCGCCCCCCCGUCAUGCCAGGAAACCUCUCCUCCUCCUCCACCUCCUCCUCCUCCUACUCGGAAGCACGGGAGCUGCAGCGGCUGCAGGGGCUGCUGGAGGCAGCAGAGGAGAGGGCCAAGGACGCCAACAGCGAGUCACGGCAGCUGUACCUCGAGUGUGAGGGGCUGCGCAGGCAACUGGAGGAGGAGCAGCAGCGCAGCAGCAACAGUCUGCAGGGAGCGCAGCAGGUGGAGGAGAAGCUACUGGAGGCACUCGCAGCAGCAGACAGUGCCAGGCAGCGCCUGGCAGCAGCGCUGCAGGACAAUGCAUUGCUGGAGGAGGCAAAGGUGCACGCAGAGAGGGAGAGGGCGAGUGUGCACAUGCAGAUGCGGGCUCUGAGGGCGGAGAAGGUGGAGGUGGAAGGGCAGGUGGGGCGCCUGCAGCGCACCAUGGAUAAGCUGCGCCUCUCGCAAGUUCCCCGCCUGCGACUCAUUGCCGACCUGGCAGCAACGCGCAUGAAGGGGGAGCGGCUGGAAGAAGAGAAGGCGCAACUGCUGCAGCACAUGCAGGAGAUGGAGGAGGACCUGCGCCGCACUGCCCGCACACAGACGGGCGAUUGCAGCGAGACUUCAUCACUGUCUGGUGUUGAGAGUGUAGGAGGAGGGACAGGGGGAGGGAUGGAGGAGGAGGCAGGGGCAGCAGCCUCCUCCUCCACAGUGACUAUCCUGGAGCAACAGCGGCAGCUAAUGGAUCUGGAGCAACGGCUGAGAGAGGAGGAGGAGAGAUGCAGGGAGCUGCAGGAGAGAGUGAGGGAGGCUGAGGAGAGAGUGAGGGAGGCAGAUGAGAGAGUGAGGGAGAGCGAGAAGAAGGCACAGGAGGUGGAGGAGAGGGAGGUAGAGGUGGUGGAGUGGGAGAAAGAUCUGGAAAAGAAGGAGAAGCAGCUGGCGGCAAGAGAGGCAAUGCUCAAGAGCGGCAGUGUGGCGAGCAGCAUUGGGAGCAGGAGGGGAGAGGAGGGUUGGGAGGUGGUGGGAGGAUUCAGUGGCUCGCAAUUCGACCAGCAGCACGAGCAGGAGAGAGACACAAGCGCAUGGGCUCAGGGUGACCGCUUGAAAGAGCAGGAGGAGCGCGUGAAGGAGCAGGAGGGUGCGAUACUGGACCUGCUGGGGAAGGUGCAGGAGCAGCAGCAGCGGAUCACGGCUCUGGAGGAGCAGCUGCAGCAGCAGGAACAGCGGGUUACGGAGCUGGAGGAGGAAAGGGGGGAGCUGGAGCAGCAGCUCGAUGCCAGCAGGGCUGCUGUGGUUGAGGCGGAGGAGAGAGUCCAGGCUGCCACUGCCGCUGCUGCUGCGGCGGCAGCAACAGCCGCGACGGGUGGUCUUGGUGUAGCAGACCACAAUGCCAAUGGUGCUGAUGCUGAUGAUGAGGUGCAGCGGUUGCGGCAGCAGGUGCAGGAGCAGAGGCGGCAGCUGCAGGAGAACGAGGAGUCGUUUGAGCGGUGGGAGAGGAGCUACGAUGAGAGUGAGAAGCAGGUGGAGUCAUUGAAGCGCAACCUGGAGCGCAUGGUGGCAGACGCAGACGACUUCAAGGCACGCAUGCAGCAAGAGGCGCAGAGCAGUGUGGACGAGCUGCAGAGGCAGUUGUUGGAGGCCGAGGAAGCAAGGCAGAAGGCGAGACAGGAACUGGACGAGGCGAACCAGCGAGUGGAGCAGCUGCAGCGGCAAGGGGAGCAGGCGGAACAGUUAGAAGCAGAGCUAGAGGAUGAGGCGAACCAGCGAGUGGAGCAGCUGCAGGCGCAAGGAGAGCAGGCGGAGCAGCUAGAAGCAGAGCUAGAGGCGCUGAGGGGGAGAGUGCGCGCAGCAGAGGAGGAGGCGGAGCGGGCGAGGGAGAGGGAGGAGGGGUUGAGGGCGGAGGUGGAGGUCAGGGAGGAGGAGGUGCGGGUGCUGCAGGCGGCAGUGGAAGAGAAGCGCGAGGAAGUUGAGCAGGCAGAAGCAGCACGUGGCAUGCUGGCAGGGCUGCAGCAGAGCGUGCAGGAGAAGGCUGCGGUGGUGGAGAACCUGGAGGCUGCUCUGCGCCGCACUGAAGCGGACUUUCAUGAGAGUGAGAAGAUGUGUGACUAUCUCAAGACCAGGCUCGCCACAGUGCAGGGGGACCUGCAGGCACAAGUGCUGGCGUCCGCGGACCAUGCAGUCUCUGACGGCUCUGCCAUGCUGCAGCAGCAGAUCGACUCGCUCCGAGCCGCACUGGACCGCAAGGACGCAGAGCUGGACGAGGCGAGUGAGCGGCUGGCAGCAGCGGAGAGGCAGCUGGAGGAUGCCCGGGAGGUGGCUCGCAGAGAGACAGAGCAGCGCGAACUGCACGCGGAGGAGGUGGCGCGCGCGCGGCUGCACAUAGCGGUGGUGGAGCGGGAGAAGAAGGAGCUGGAGGGGCUGCGAGCCUCAGCAGGGCCGGAAAUGCUGGGCGUGCAGAGGGAGAAGGAGGAGGCGGAGGAGCGGGUGAGGGAGAUGGAGGGGGUGGUCAUGCAGCUCAAGACGCGCGAGAGGGAGCUGCAAGGCGCCAUCCAGUCAGGACACGUUCAGUACCAGACCUUGCAAUCCACACUUUCAGCCAACAUC